CUACGAUUUAAAAAAAAACAACGAUGGGUGAAUUGGGCAACAAGAUUGGACUGGAUGAACUCUCCGGAGGCGCGAAGGGUAUUAGCAAAGCGUUGCUCGCUGAAUUUAUUGGUAAUUUGUUGCUGAAUUUGUUCGGAUGCGGAGCGUGUAUCAACAUCUCGCAAGGUGUGGACGCAGCGCCUGACAUCGUACUGAUAGCGCUCGCUUUCGGUCUAUCUGUCUUCGCCAUUGUUUCGGCUAUAGGACAUGUAUCAGGAGGUCACGUCAAUCCAGCUGUUACUGCUGGUAUGGCUGCCACUGGAAAAAUUAAACCUGUCCGUGGAAUCCUGUACGUGAUAGCUCAAUGCGCGGGCGCUGCCGCCGGUUCUGGACUUCUUAAGGCAUUUACCCCAGACGAGGUUGCUGGUAAACUUGGUGUUACGGGCCUCGGGAAGAAUGUGACGCAACUACAAGGAUUUGGAAUUGAGUUCUUCCUCGGAUUUGUCCUCGUGUUUGUCGUUUGUGGAGUUUGCGACCCGAACAAACCUGACAGCAAAGCUGCCGCCCCUCUCGCCAUCGGCCUGACGGUAACACUGGGACACUUGCUGGCGGUGGAUUACACUGGCUCCGCGAUGAACCCGGCUCGCUCCUUCGGCUCCGCACUGGUGGCUAGCGAAUGGGCUGAUCACUGGGUGUACUGGGCGGGCCCGGUGGCAGGUGGCGUGGCGGCGGCUCUGCUGUACGUACACGGCUUCUCAGCUCCGCCGACGGACGCUCCCUCCCCACGCUACCGACCCGUUGCCGCCGAUGAGAAGGAGCUGAAGCGUCUCGACGGCAAGAACGACGACAUGGCCUGAGAGCGAUGGCCGCGGCGUUGCCCGCGCGCCCCCUCGCCCCUCUCCGUCCCCCGCGACACCCGCCCGAUGCACGUCCAGCGAUACGUAUGAACAGUACCUUCAAAACGAGUGAUUAUUAAUCAAAAAUGUAAUCAUGAACAGUUUAAGAAUAAAAAUAUAUCAAUGAAUAUACAUUCGAACUUUAGUACUUAUUAUACAAAAAUACGGCUAGUAUCAUGUAUAAUUGCUAAGAUUUUUUGACAUAUGUUAUCUUACAGUAUAUCUGCAAGUAAAUUUUAAAUUAUACACAAAUGUCAAACCUUUUGUAUAACUACUUCUAUAAAAUACUUCUAUUAUAAAGCAAUCUCGAUCUAGGUUUAGUGUAAUCGCUAUGAGCGAAUAUUUGUGAUAAAAAUAUUUUUAUAUAAAUAAUUUAUACAAAAAUGUUUUUAUUUGAGUGCUCUUCGAAAUCGUUCAAAGUUAAAACUUUACUGCCACACUUAUUUCAUAAGUUACUUAAUUGAUAACACCUGGCUUGAAUUAUAUCACAAUUUUUUGGAAUUUGUAAUCAAAAUAUUUACCUUUGUGCGUGAGAAUCACUGUUACAAAAAUAUAUUAAAUUAAAUUGAAUACUAAAUUAUUCACUGUAAUUUAUAUUAGUAUUAAUUUUUUAUUUAUUAUAAAUUAUACAAAAAUAUCAAAACUUAAGCUUAAAUGAAUUUUAAAAUUUAACAUACAAGUUAUCAUUCAUUAUACAGUUUCUUGAAAAAUUUUAUUAUUGACUUUACAAUUAUUGUAAAUAGUUUGUUUGUUUAAUCCAAAAUUAAUGUUGUCAUUAAUUUUUUGUUUCUUUAAAAAAAAACAAAGAAUUGUUUUUUGUGUUCCACAGACACUGAAAACACCACCGAUGUCAUACGUACAUGUUUUUAUUAAAUUAAACCUAGUUAUAAAAUACUCUUGCAUGUAAUCAUUUAAACACUGCAUUAAGAUGAAGAAUUGUGUCAAUAAUUAUGUCCUAGAAUAAGUUGUAAUAAUUAUAUUAAUUAAUAAAUGUAUUUUACUUCA